AUGUGGAUUCACUCAACAAUUUCGGAUUCUGUGAUUGCUCAUUUCUCAACAUCAACAACAUCACAUCAUCUUUGGUCCAGUAUUGAAGAACGAUUUUCUAGAGCAUCUUCAACUCACUCAAUUCAAUUGCGUACAAAGUUGUUAUCUAUCACUCAAGGUAAUAAGUCUAUUCCUUCAUUGAAUAAUGAGAUCAAGACAUUAUCUGAUCAGUUAGCUGCUGCUGGAGAGAUUAUCUCAGACAAAGAAUUGGUUGUUGUUACUUUAAAAACAUUACAUUCCGAUUACAUUCCAUUUGCUACUGCAAUGCGUCACAGAAAUCCACCAGUUACAUGGGUAACUUUAGAGGAGGUUAUAAUCAUUACAGGGGAAACUCUUCUAGAGGUAGAGGACACAAUGCUGGAAGAUAUGCAAACCCCAACAUAUUUGGAAGAUAUAACUCAGGUAGAGGUCACUCUUCAGCACCAGAAUAAGAAGCUUGUCAGCUAUGCAAACAAUCUUGCACCAAAUUGUACCCAGAAACUCAACUUCUCCUGUCAAGGAAGACCUCCACCAUCUAAUCUCAGUGCAAUGCUAGCAGCUGCUGACAUCUUUGAUACUUAA